AUGAUUCUGAUGACGAAGCUGACAGGCAAAGACGUCAAGUUUGAUUGGUCAGACGAUUGCUCGAGGAGUUUCGCGGAGUUGAAGAGACAGUUGACACAGACACCCGUUUUGGUACUUCCGAGGCCAGGAAUACCAUAUGAGGUCUACACUGAUGCCUCAGGAACCGGAUUGGGAUGUGUAUUGAUGCAGGAGGGUAAGGUCAUUGCAUAUGCAUCACGCCAGUUGAGGCCUCACGAGGUCAAUUAUCCUACGCACAAUCUGGAGUUAGCGGCUGUUGUAUUUGCGCUGAAGAUCUGGAGGUCAUAUUUGUAUGGAGAGAAGGUCAAGAUCUUCACGGACCACCAGAGUACUGUAGAGGGAGAAUCAGUUGGCGUUGAGAAGGUAGAGCUAUUAUGGAGGAUAAGCAAAGCCCAGGAUGGUGAUAAGGCUUUGUGUAAGCAGAUCGAGAUGAAGAGUAUUGGAUAUCAUACAGCCUCCAGCGUGAUGUUCAUGGAUUUGAAGCGCUAUUAUCAUUGGCCUGGUAUGAAGAUGGAUGUUGCUUCAUUUGUAUCGCAGUGUCAGACAUGUCAGAUGGUUAAGGCUGAGCAUCAGGCGGGAAGACUUACCAAGUCAGCCCAUUUCCUAGCGAUUAAGAAGACAGACGGAGCUGAUCAAUUGGCGCAGACUUACAUCUGUGAGAUUGUGAGAUUGCAUGGAGUUCCUGUCAGCAUUGUAUCGGAUUGGGAUGCAAAGUUUGCAUCCGCAUUUUGGAGAGCCUUUCAAAAGGCGUUUGGGACCAAGGUACAUAUGAGUACGGCUUAUCAUCCACAUACAGAUGGUCAGUCGGAGAGGACUAUUCAAACUUUGGAGUAUAUGCUCAGAACUUGCGUCUUAGAUGGGAGAGGAAGCUGA